AUGUCUCAUUAUGCAUCCGAGGUCAAAGAAACCUCCCCAACAGAUCAGCCGCAAAUAAUAGCCACUAUCAAGUAUCAGAUCGAUGAUGGCGUGCGACAUACCUCAGAACAAGCUUGGAACAGGGGCUACACCAACAACCCCAAUGUAAAGCAGAUUCCUGUACCAUAUCCUCUCCAUGAUCUACGCGCAGUAGCUUUCACCAACGGUGCAGACUGGUCUUGGUCGCAUUCUGCAGAAAUCCUGAAGGACUUUGGCUUCACCGCUAUCAAGUUUGACCCAAAAUGGGCCAAAGUCGACGACGAGGUGCAGGCUGGAGACUACGAUGAUUUGCAGACUUUAGAGGAGACCUACUUCCCUGAAGUCAAAGAAUCGGUGCUCAAAUUGACAGGGGCGAAGCAUGUCUUCAUCACAAACAGUAUCGUUCGAAGAGGUGAUGCGCCGGUUAAGAAACCUGCGAAUGGAACCGGUAGCUCAGCGGUCGUCAAUGGCAAAGACCAGAAGAGUGUACCUGAUAAUUACAAGGCAUCAGAUGAGACUCGACCAACACAUCUUGCAUCCUCUGACAACUCGAGGCCUGCGAGAGGAGCACAUGUAGACUAUACGCCAGUUGGUGCUCGGCGCUCUAUCCGUCGCUGGCGGCCAGACAUUUACAAAGCCGCGCUUGAAGCUGGGAUCAUUGAUACCGAGGACAAGAUCUGUGCAUCAGCGAAACUUGACGCCCAAGACAAGGCGAGCAACGAUAUCAUCGAGGCCAAAUACAACGCGGACGGCAAGCUGGGACCGCGAUACGCAGCCUACAGCGUCUGGCGGCCCAUGCGUACAGUAACGCGGGAUCCGUUAGCAAUGGCUCCUCGAUGGUCUUUUCCCCAGGACGGAGCAUUAGGAUUUCUGGGGUACGAGUCUAGAAUGUUAGCUGCGCCUUCUAUGGGUGGUGACUUUCUACGAGAGCUGGAGUCUGUGGUUAUCAGCGAAGCAGAUGCGAGAGCAUACGAGGACUCGGGGGUGGUUGCGCGUGGAAUGGAGAGUCCGAAGUGGUACUAUCUCCCAGAGCAGAAGCCAGACGAGGUCAUUGUGCUCAAGUUCUUUGAUAGUGCUGCUCUUGGGGGAGGUUUGGUGUCUGGCGAUGUUGGGGGUGCGCCUCAUGCGAGUCCUGAUCUUGGCGAUGCUGCUUAUGGGCCAGCUCGUUGGAGUAUUGAAGUUAGAUGUAUCGCAAUAUGGUGA